UGUAUCUCUUAUAUCUAUCUUUUUUAGUUUCGUCUUCUCCAAUAAUGGAUCACACCAUUUCUGUUAUAUUCCGGAAACCCUAGAAAGAGACCAUUGAAACAGAUCAGAUUCGGGACGAGAAAGGGGAAAGAGAUAUAUCAGAGAAAGAAGAAUCAUCUCCUCUCUCUCUCUCUGAUCAGCAUUUCCCAAAAUGAAAUAAAACCUAAACGAUCUCUGUUUUUUUUUUUUUUUGAAUCUCCAUUGAUUUUGUAUUUAUAUACAAAAAAAAAGGAAAAGGAUGAUUACGAAUCCGAGUUUAUUGUCAUACACUUGCAUUGCGAAAGGAACCAUAGUCCUCGCCGAGUUCAUCUCAAAAGAAGAGCCAGGAAUCGAAGCCGUAGCAUUACGAUGCAUCGAGAACACGCCUCCGCAUCAUUCGAUGUUCUCACACACUGUUCGCAAGAAGACGUACACGUUCGCGAUCGACGACGAUUCCUUUGUUUAUUUCGCGAUUCUCGACGAAACUAUGGAGAAAUCCGAAUCAUUCUGGGUUUUGAAUCGUUUGAGAUCGGUUAUGGAGGAUCUGAUUAGACUCGGUGGAUCCGAUGCGGAGACGGUUGUUAAUAACCCGGUUUCGCUUUGUCUUCAAUCGAAGCUGGAUCCAGUAUUCGCGGAGAUCGUUGGUGGUGGAUUUGGUUGUGUUGAUGUUGAUUUGGAAUUGGAUAUGGAUUUGGUUGGAUCGCCGAGGAGCGUAGCGAGAGAGAGUCGUAAUCCGAGUAUUGAUUCGUCUAAAGGGAGAAGAGCUGCUUUGAUGCCGCUUUUGGGGAAACCGUUGAAGGCGUUGAAGAAGAAGAAGAGGUUGUUGCAUAAUCAUAACGAAGCGAAAGGAGGGGAAGAUGAUUCUUGCGGUUCGAUGGAGGAGAUAUCUGAGAAGAAGGUUGAUUUAUGUGGGAAUGGUAACAAUGGAGUCUUACGCAAGGAAGUGAGAAAUGGUUUGUUUAGUGAUCAUCAUCAUAGACAAAAGGCUAAACAGAUUUGGAAGAAACAUGUUUGGGUUGUGUUGAUGUUUGAUUUCUGCAUCUGUGCUAUAUUGUUUGGAAUCUGGCUUUGGAUUUGUGAAGGGUUUCAAUGCAUUCAAGGGUAACAAAAAAGUAUCAUCA